GGUUCUCCUGAAGAGCUGUAGGCUAAUUCGUGAUGUAACAGGAAGUAGACUAAUGCGAAUGCCUCCCACAAUCUGACAGCGGCUCCAGUCCGACACUUUAUUCAUUGAGUGUUGAAACCCUUUAGGUUUGGUUCACUACCAUUGCUGCGGAGGUUGCAUUUGUCGGAAAAAAAGCUGUCGCUGGAGUGUUUGGUCGGUUAAUGUUACUUUCUAAAACGCGGUAGCAUUGGAUUGUGAACUAAUCGCAUCAGAUCGAUAGUCAUUAAAGAGGGAGAAAUAACCAGAAGAAGAGUGGAUCGUUUGAUAUGCCAAAAAAGAAGAUGGAUUGUUUUGGAUACUGUUGGAUGGUCAUCUGUCUCCUACUGGGCACUGCUACUGAGAUCUUAGUUGCGGCUAGCCCAGAGGUGAACAGUACCCAGCAGCACCUACAGCUGAACGUCUACCACGAUAUAGGACUCACCAGGAACAAGAUUGUGACAGCCCAGUUCGAGUGCUACCAGAAAAUCAUGAAGGAUAACGACCACAACAAAAUAGGGCCAGUGUGUAACCGGACCUGGGAUGGAUGGCUGUGCUGGGACGACACAGAGGCAGGCUUCACUUCAGAGCAGCACUGCCCUGACUACUUCCAGGACUUUGACCCCUCAGAAAUGGUGACAAAAAUCUGCAGUGAGAACGGACACUGGUUUCUGCAUCCCGACAGCAACCGAACGUGGACUAACUACACGCGAUGCAACGAGCACACUAAAGAAGGCAGGAUGACUGCCAUGAAUUUAUUCUACUUGGCUCUCAUUGGCCACGGCUUGUCACUGAUAUCGCUAUUCAUUUCCCUGGGAAUAUUUUUCAAUUUCAAGAGUUUAAGUUGCCAAAGGGUCACUCUCCACAAAAACCUCUUCUUCUCCUUUGUUUUGAACUCGGUCAUCACCAUCAUCUGGUUGACCGCUGUGGCGAAUAACCAGGAACUGGUACAAAGAAACCCUACAAGCUGUAAAGUGUCCGUGUUCAUCCAUCUUUAUCUGUUUGGCUGCAACUACUUCUGGAUGCUAUGCGAAGGGAUAUACCUGCACACCCUCAUCGUUGUUGCCGUGUUCGCUGAGAAACAGCACUUGAUGUGGUACUAUCUCCUCGGCUGGGGCUUUCCUCUAAUUCCAGCAUCUAUACAUGCGAUCGCUCGCAGUUACUACUACAAUGACAAUUGUUGGAUAAGCUCCAACACUUCACUCCUCUACAUAAUCCAUGGGCCCAUCUGCGCUGCUCUGUUGGUGAACCUGUUCUUCCUGUUGAACAUUGUGCGUGUCCUGAUCACCAAGUUGAAGGUGACCAACCAGGCUGAGUCCAGCCUCUACAUGAAGGCCGUGCGCGCCACCCUGAUUCUUGUACCUCUCCUGGGCAUCCAGUACGUCCUGUUGCCCUACAAACCAGAGGAACGAGUCUCCUCUGAGAUCUACGACUACAUCAUGCACAUCUUAAUGCAUUAUCAGGGGCUGCUGGUGGCCACCAUCUUCUGCUUCUUCAACGGAGAGGUGCAAGGCGUUCUGAGGAGACAUUGGAAACAGUACCGUAUGCAGUUCGGGAGCACCUUGACCCACUCGGAUGCCAUGCGGUCCGCCUCAUACACAGCCUCGUCCAUCACCGAUGUCCAGGGCUGCUACAGCAUCGACAGCAACACAGAACACUUGAAUGGCAAGGGGGGCUGCCUUGACAUCGAGACCUCCAUCUUAAAAUCGGAGAACCCGUUUGCCUGAAGAAAGGCUAACUCUGCUGUGUAUUUGGGAAUGGAGGGGAGGGGUGGGGAAGGAGGGUGGGGGUGCAUGUUUGGAAAUGGAGAAGGGCUGCAUCUUGUUUGGAAAUGGAGGGUUGGGGGAAGGAGGGGGGUGUGCUGCAGCGUGUUUGGGAAUGAGGGGAGGGGUGGGGGAAGUGGUGGGGAUUGCAGCGUGUUUGGGAAUGGAGGUUGGGGGGCUGCAGUUUGUUACUAUGGUUACUGGGUUACUGUCACACAGCGACCGUUGGAGAACUGAACUGUUCUCCCGAUAUUUGCUGCAUAAGCACCCCCCCCCCAAAAAAGAAGGGAUAAACAAUAGAAGAAUUAUACACACUGAAAAAAACUACAUUUGCUACCUUCGAUGAACAUGUUUGAAUAGGCACUUAAUCGUUUUAUCUGCCUUGUGAGAAUCACUAUAUUCUAAGUAUCCAUGUUCUAACAUGCUCUUCCACUUUUCAGAGGAAGACAAAUGUAUAUAUUCUGAUUAUUUUUCUUAAAGCAUUUAAAUAUUGGGCAGUCCUUUCAACAUGACUGUACAAGUCAAAAGGAGGUUUGACAAUCCAAAUUAUGAUAUUAUGAGUUUAGAUAAAGCUUGGCUGUUUGCCCAAAAAAAUGCUAUUUGUGACUUGCUUUGUGCCAAACCAAGAAUCGCUCUUGUCGGUUAUUUUUACACAUUACAACGAUACCACUAUGAGGCUGUGUUCUGUGUUCCUCUAGUCUAGCUGAAUCUAGGCUAAAGUUGAGGACAAGGUUACACUUGCAGCAACUAUACACAAAGCAGGGUUUCCAUUAUGAAAAUGUGUCGCUGGAAAUUUGACAGGCGUAUUUUAAUUUAAUGGAUCUUCGAGACAUUUACUGGACCCAUAUGUAUUGGGUGCGUAACCUGAUUAGGGCUUCCUCCCACUGUGCUCAGAAUGACAUAAAUCACAUUUAGAUUAUUGUAAUUAAUCUGAACAGAACAUGCAAGUUGAGGAUGCAAUGACUUGUCUCCUUACUGCGCACUUUGAAGAUGUUAGAAUAACUGUCCACAUGUACUUUUCCUCAGCCAACAAGACGAGUAACGAACAGCAAAAUCACGAGCUAGCAUAUGUAUAUGUGACACGUGAGUUUCAAGUUUGGGGAAGCAAUUGUUCACCAUAAAAAAUACACCUUUAUAAUUAAGCAUUCCGUGCAUCAUUGCAUUUGUAGACUUAUGUAAGAUAGUCUACCAUUCAUAAUGUGAUGAGUAGAUUGGAUAGUCAGAAUUUAAGCUAAUAACUCAAUCACUGUCCGCCAAAAAAAUAAUUUCAAUGAAUGGUGGAGUGUGUAUUGAAUACUAGCCUGGGCUAUAUUCGUUUAUUCUUUCUGGGAAAAACACAUCAUGCAAUUCUUUAUUUGACUGGAGACAUUAGCAGAAUCUUUUUAAUAUGACAAAUUACAGGGUAGGCUACUCUGCUGACGCUUACAAACAGAUGAAUAAAAAUGACACUGUCCAAUAUAACAGGCUUAUGAGAAGGCGGGACAAAUAGAAUAUGACAUCUAUCAAGAGCACCUUACAGUAGUGAGUACACACAUUUCUGUAUUGGUCACCUGUGUGAAUCAAACCCACAACCCAGGCAUUGCAAGCAGCAUGCUCUACCGACUGAACACAUGACCUUAUGAUGACAGAGCUUGCCUUCCGUUCCCUAUGUAUUUGAAUGGCGAAUGGGAAGCGUGCUACAAUUACCAGUUGAGAAAAAAAAUAGUAGCUCGUUUUAAUUGUGGCCCAAAAUCUAUUUUUUAAUGCAGGCUUGCAUUUACAAUUGUUGCGCAAUUACUGGGUUUAUAAAAUCGGUCUAACAGAUUUUCCACACAAAGGUUCUGUAUCUAUAUGCUGUGAGUGUGUGAAAAAUAAGAUAUAUUGCGAAUAUACACACGCGCCAAUUUAAUUCCACUAAAUUCGGCAAAUUAGGCCAUAGCCUUAUAAGCAUGACCGGUGAAAUGCAUUUACAUCAAUUGGUAUUUCCAUUAAUGAAUAGGCUAAAAAGCAUUAUUUUGAUUUUUUUUUUUUUUUUUUCUCCCAGACAAGUGGCCGGUGCCAAUUUUAUUUAUUGGCUUUUGUAUUUUUUUAGCGGCCAAAAGCCGGCUAUUACCAGCUAAUGGAAACCCUGACGAAAAAACACAGUACAGUCACUUUUUGGUGCUUAAUAACUUGUGAAAAGUUACAAGCUUUACCAUUACCAACUAUUAUAAUUUAUGCCAAUAUCUGUCCUUGUACAACUGAAUAUUACUUCAAUGAUGACAUUUGGUUAUGGCACUGUUUUAAAUCUAUGGAAUAGUUAUACAUAGGAUCAACAUUACAUUCCUCUCAGUGAUACGUAUACACUUUAUUCAGUAUGUUCAUAUAUUAAACAUCAUUUCCUCCUUGGAUCAUUCAUUUGGAUUUCAUAACUUUAUUAAAAUAAUGUUUUCAUCCAAAUGCUAGAACCAACUCACAAUCAGAUGUAAAUAUGUUGUAAAUCUUGCAGGGGGUGAGUGCUGUGACUGUUUCGUGAAUGUGCAGUGUAUAUAACACAGUAUUUAUGGGUGUAUGCGAGGCAAUGAAAUAGGAAGCUGCUGUCUAAUGUAGCAGUGUGUGGAAGGUUGUCAGGGGGUUCGCUUUUUUGUUUGUACCAUUUUGAUGUUUUUGUUGAUGUUAGAGGAAGCACGAUUAUUAGCGUAUGGACCUUACAAAUCAGUCGGACAUUUAAAUGAAUGGUCUUUGUGCCCUUUCUGUUAGCUUUGCACAAGGGUACAAACAAAGCCACACCUCCAUGUUGCCUGUGUCCUCCGAUGGAGGGUGAAUGAUGCCUGAAUUGCAUCUGUAAUUUCCUUUGGAGUUGUUUUUCCAGUUUUUUUGUAGGAAGAGGAACAGGCAUCUACCACUGGAAUGUUAUUCAAUCAUAAUCAUACAGUGACCAUUGGUAACUAAAUGAACACCAUGACACUGCACAAGCGUGUGUAUAGGACCAGAACACAUGUCGGUACCAACUCUCAGAUACAUCUGCAUAUUAGCUAGCUGUAUUUAUGGCAAGUGAAUUAAAUGCAUCCUGUUUCGUAACAUUUGUCAGAAUGUGACACGGACUGCAGGACAGUUUCUAACUAAAGGACUUAAUCUGAUCUUAAAACUGUAUUCAAAGCCGUUUUCAUAUUGGACGACUGAUAUUUCAAGUAGCACUUGCUACAAAGUAUUUUUAAGGACAAUGUCUGUAUUGUAUGUUACAACUGUACUGUAUAUAUAUAUAUAUAUAUAUAUAUAUAUAUAUAUGUGUGUCUUUGGAAUUCUACACACCCUGCCUUCACUCUACUGUAUGAAAGUCAUUUGUAUGUUUUAUUCUUUGGAUGUGAAAAUAUAUAUUUGUGUAAAAUCAA